AUGGAAUCCAGUUCGAGCAGAGCGCGAGCAGUGGAAAAAGUGGAUUGACAGGGCAGUGCGGUGAUGUGUCGAGAAAUGGCCCAGAUUUUUCACGAAAUUCCUUUUCCGAUGGAUCGUUCGACCUGACGGACUGAGGUUCGGGUUUUCUCCGUCUGGAUAAAAUGCACUUGCAUUUCGAACGAACCAUCAAUGCAAAAAGCGACUGUCCCAUUUUGUCACUCAGCUGGAUGGGAAAGGUCCCAGACGAGCUGCCAGAGGAUGAAGGAUGGAAGUUGAACAGGACGAAUUAUUAUCAAGAGGGAUGGUUGGCUACGAGCAACGUCAGAGGGAUAGUUGGAGUCACUUUUACGACGAGUCACUGCAAGAAAAACGUCGAAUAUCCCUUACGUACGAAUUACAAUCUCAGGGGUCACCGAUCUGAGGUGAUUUUGGUGAGAUGGAACGAGCCCUAUCAAAAACUGGCUUCAUGUGACAGUCUGGGAAUAAUUUACAUAUGGAUAAAGUAUGAAGGACGAUGGUCGAUAGAGCUGAUAAACGACCGCAAUACCCCUGUCACCCACUUCUCCUGGUCUCAUGAUGGGAGAAUGGCUUUGAUAUGUUAUCAGGAUGGCUACGUCCUAGUGGGCUCGGUGGCCGGCCAACGCUACUGGUCCUCGAUGCUGAACCUUGACUCAACCAUCACGUGCGGCGUGUGGACGCCCGACGACCAGCAAGUCUACUUCGGCACCGCCGGCGGCCACAUCGUCGUGAUGGACGUGCACGGCGCGAUGGUAGCGCAGGUGCAUCUGGGCGGGGCGGAGCCGGCGGUCGGAGUGGGAGGCAUGGCGUGGUCCUGCGAGAAGUUCAAGAUGGAGGAGGGGGAAGAUGGAGACGGUGGGGUGGCCAAUUCUGACGGUGGUCGUAAAUUCGUAUUGGCAGUAUCUCUUCAAAACGGCUUCGUAUUCCUCUUGUCGACUUACGACGACGUAUCUCCGAUCCAGAUAAAUACACACUUGCAAGGACCUUUGAGCAUGGAGUGGAGCAACUCCAGGGAGUUUCUAGCCAUCGCCGGAGUUUCUGAAGACUCGCCGUGUGUUGUACCGCAAGUUGAAUACACCAACGUGCUGAAGUUUUAUAAUGAAAAAGGAGGGCUUCUGUAUUCUAUCGUAAUACCAGACAGACUGGCUCGAGUAACGACCUUGACGUGGGGCCACAACGACAAACGGCUGUUUCUGGCCACCGGCACCCAAAUCCACAUCGCGUGGGUGUCCAAAAGGAUAGCGUCGUUGCAGCUGCUGUGCCGAUUGAGGAUUCACGAUCUGAUAGCCGAAGAAGGACAACUGACGUCCUUGCCUCUGCCGGCUCGUCUCGGGAACAUCAUCGGGAACUUGUUUGCUCAAACUAUUAGGUGCUGCGUUCCUGCUUUGAGUGCACUGAGAGAUUUCGUUUCAAGACCACCAGUCGGAUCGGUGCGUCUCCAUUGUACGAUGAUACGUCACGACGAAGAAAGCAAUUUGACUUCUGGCACGUGUUACACGCUGUAUCUGGAGUAUCUGGGCGGUCUGGUGCCACUGCUGAAAGGAAAGCGAAUCAGCAAAAUCAGACCAGAGUUCGUCAUCUUCGAUCCCCAAGAAGAUCACCAUUCAGCGGACUCCAAGACCUCCUCGUCCUCCAACUCGGCCAGCAGCGCAUGCGCAGCCACCUCGGCCUCCUCCGACAGCGACGCGGAGGAGGGCUGCGCCGGGUCGCCGAGGAUGCAGCGCAAGAGGCGGAGGAGGCACAAGCAGGCCGCUAAUCAUCAUGCGGAUAGACACGCGUACCAGCGGACGGAGGCGGAGGCGGAGCGCGGCGAGGGGUUGUCCUACGUGGACACGUUGCCUGAGCACGUUCGCCUCGUAGAAGUGACGUCAAACAUUUGGGGCACCAAAUUCAAAAUCCACGGCCUACCUUCAUCUGUGCCUGCCAAUCUGGGCCAAGUGACCUACAAGACAUCCCUGCUCCAUUUGCAACCGCGUCAGAUGACACUAGUCAUGACCGAAUUGAGCGACGAUUUUCCGGUGCUACCGGAUCCGAGCUUCAACCCGAACCUGUUCUCGGAAGACGAGGAAGAUUUGCCUCAGGCGGAAGACAGUGGUGUUACGUCGAAGGCGGGCAUCGAUUAUUGUCCUCCGAUAGCGCCCAUGACUGUCACGAGAGGGAGUAUCGUGAGGAAACAGUCGUCUGCCGCAGAGAUUCCUAAAAGAGUCGAUCCUCCAAAUGUAUUGUCGACACAAUUGAAAAACUAUGAAGAAAACGUUUCCAAUGAAAUGAGUAAAUUAGUUAGCAUUAGUAACGAAAUCCGUCCUCAAGCUUCUUGUAGCACGAAUAAUGUCGGUGUACAGUCCACUUUGCGUCCGAACAGCUACCAGAAUACAAGUUUCAUCGGCCAGCUCAUGCAAAAUGGCGGACAAAAUGUGGGGAAUCAGAGGCACGCAAUUUCCCCUAUUUGCUGUGAGGUCUCUCUGCCAGCUUUGCAGUCCCCAAAGAAUGCAGUUCCUCCCAGCGAUAUAAUUUUUGACAGACCACCAGCUCCAACAAUCGUGCCAUAUCCUAACGCAGAGUUUGGCACUGCGACCAGCAGUCUUCAAGUGAAAUCGAUGCAAGACCAUAAAAAUGAAUCGGUUCACAAGAGGAUCGAAGAAUUCAAUUUGGACAGUCGAAAGUCGAGACCGAUAUUGGUGGAAAGCAAAGAAUUGACGUUUAUCGACGAAGAAAAUUCGUCGACAUCAGGGCCAUCAACUUCAAGAAGAUUUCCUCCUCCUCCGACAAUUAUGUUGGAUUCGAUGGUUAGAAGUUGCAGUGUUGGUUUCUUGGAUAACGUAGAAGCACAGCUAGUUCCCAGCGACGCAUCAUUGCUAAUGUUGCGCAAGGAAAUUCCGAAACGUCUGGUUCUGGUGGACAAGAAGUCCAAAUCCAAGAGGACCACCCGACUGGCAUCCAAGAAACUCGACCACGUUCCGGAGAAUACGGAGAUGACUGCGAUGUUGAAAAGUUACGGAAAAUCUAGGAGUCUGGAUUCCAGCGAUAUAUUUCCGAAUGAUGAGAACAGCAUCACGAGUCUGGUGAGGAGGAAAAAGGAGAAAGACAUUCCAGAAAUUGAAACCGUGAAGAUUUCCAACACAGAAUCACACAACUGCGUAACAAUAGCCGAAGAAAAUACGAAGAACAAAAUCACCAAGACCAAACGAGAUUUCUUUUCAUCGCCGCUCAUGAGGCGGAAAAAACAGGACAGUCUGCUGAAUAAUGAUAAAAAUAGGGGCAGAAAUAAUCAGAAGAAGGUGAAUGCGAAUCAGAAAAAAGAAAUGAAUAGUGAUAAAAAUGGCGUCGCUAUCCAUACGCAAGCACUAGCCAAUUUGGAGAAACUCAUCACGAGGCUCAGAGAGGACGACGGAAAUAGAGCGACCCCUUGUCCUUCUCCGAAACUGCCGAGGAGCUCGCCUGCAUCGCCAGCUCCUAGUAAAAAAGGUACAAGACCCCAAUCAGCUUCUCCGAUCAGAAGGAAAUUACUAAAUUCACCACUGCUGGGAAGACGGAAUAGAAAGAACAAAAACCAAGAAAGCUCAGACGACGAGGUUAACGCUUCAGGAGACGAAACGUGCAACGGCACGUAUUACAAAGAUUUGGAAACGUUUCAGAAGUCACAACUGAGACAGAAAUUGAAGAGAGGUAAAAUCGAGCCGAACGGAAGCAGUUGCAACAAUCCGAUUAUACCACAAAGACGUGAGUUCGUGAUGCACAACAAAGCGCCAAUGUGGAACGAAAACAACCAAGUGUAUCAGCUCGAUUUCGGAGGAAGAGUCACCCAGGAAUCGGCCAAAAAUUUUCAAAUCGAGUUCAGAGGAAAGCAGGUGAUGCAGUUCGGUCGGAUCGACGGAAACGCCUACACUCUAGAUUUUCAGUAUCCUUUCUCAGCCCUUCAAGCGUUUGCAGUAGCUCUAGCUAAUGUUACGCAAAGACUUAAAUAAUGUUUGUUUCGUUUUUAAUGUGCCAAUUUUUGAUAUUAUCAUGAUCAUAUGAAAGAAUUAUUUGUUUGUGUUAUGAUAAAUUGAUUCGAAAGAAUAUCAAAUUAUAUAUGAAUAUAUAUUUUAUACAUGUUUUAGAUAAAAACGUUGAUUAUUUUGAGGAUUGUGGUGUACGUUGCAAUUGAUAUUUUCAUUGUAUUUGGAUGUUACCAUUAUGAAUGAUGAAUAAAAAAACAUAUUACUCUG